AUGCUGAACUAUCCUGUUUUAGUGUGCGGUCUUCGAGCUUUUCUCCAUCCCAUGGGCCCAAACAAGGAGAAUGCCUUUAACCCAUGUUUUGUGACGUGGUUGUAUGGAGUUUUUGCCAUAGUGACGUUUGUUUCUGGAUUCGUUUACUUGUUCCACACAUUGAGAUAUGGUUUAAGAUACGGAACUUAUUCUCCGAAAGACACUGGUCUUAGCCAUUAUAUCAGAGUCAAUUCGGUUCUUUUGCAUGUAAUACUAUUCUUGUACUUAACUUCAUUCAACAGCAUCCAUGAGAGAUUAGCAGACCACAAGAUAUUUGCAUUUGGAUCAGUUUCCAUUGUACUUUUAUUCUUAAUUUUGCCAUUGCAUUUCAUAGAAACACUGUACAGAGCCAUACCACUGGACUUGUUACUAUUAUUUUGGCCAGGGCUUACAUUACUUCAUUUAAUAUCGUUAUUUCAAGACAAUUACACGAAUUGGCCAGUUAUAAAGCUGGUCGAAUAUGACAGUCAAAUCAAGGUAAUUGAAUUCUUCCUUAUAGGUAAUUCUAUAUCGAUCUUUUGGAUGGAGUUUUCGAAAGACAUAUGGCGUCCGAAUAGUGAAUUGACAUUACAAUAUACCAAAGACGGCCGUGCAGAAAAGCUAUGCGAGCCAAAUGUGAUAGAAACAAUCACUUUCAGCUGGAUGAAUGAGUUGAUUAUGACUUCAUAUAAA